AUGUUGCCGGCCCUGGCAGUGGCUCCUCGCCCCAUCCCUGCUUGGAUGCAUGGUCGAUGUUGUAGAUGCCUCGCUCGUGGGCACCGUGCGGCUGAAUGCAGAGAUCCAUUUCGAUGCUCCCGUUGUUUGGAGAACGGUCACCGUGCACGCGGAUGCCGCAAUCCAGGUCGUCUUCUAAGCUCGUUGUCUUGCCUUGCUGUGCAGCCAUUAGUUAGUACCGUCCAUCGUCCUGCUUCAGCUUCAUGUGAGAGUCCGAUGAAAUCCACGCUCCCAUCUAAGGUGCUUCCUCAUGGGUCUUGGGCGUCUGUCGUCUCUGCUACUGUUGGCUCGACAACCCAGCCUGACGUGAUGUUGCAAGCUGCUCUGGCUGAGCAGACUGCGCUGCUGCAGGGUUGGAUGGCACGGGCUAAGAGCUUUUUGGAGAGAGCAGAGGCUGCUUUGGGAAAGCUCACCCUUGUGUCGACUGUGUUGCCGACCGCUCUGACGUCAUGCCCUCCUGGUGUGGUCGGUGUUGCCUCCACGAAGGAAGGGAGCCAAGAGCUAUAUGGGUGUUUCUCUCCUCGUGUUGGAGAUAUCUCAUCAGCACCAUUGACCUUGUCUCCUGUGUUGCGUACUAGUGAGGGUGAGCCCAUCGCCGUGCCCGAGGCUCCAGUUCUGCAGAUCAUGCCUGACCUACAAGAGCUAUGUUUGUGCCUUGUUUCGCCUUUGUCUGUGGAGCGCGUGGAGGUGGACUCUUCGGUGACCUCGUGUGAGGGGUAUGUUUCGCCUCUGUCAUGUGAGCAACUGGAGGUGCCUGAGUCAGUGUCAGUGGUUCCCGUGGGUGAUGUUGUCAUGCCGGUGGUUUCUGUGGCUGAUAAUGUUGAUGCGGUCUGUAUGUUGGCGCCUGACUCUUGGGAGCCCAGCCAGCCGCUCGCCUUUGUGGACCGCGGAGGUUCCGACGUUGUGGUCACCCACUCGCAGGUGGCCGUUGGGAAGGUGUCUGUGCGUGACAAGGUCGAUGAGAUUCUCUUCGAGUUAGAGGUUCACAGCUUGCUCAAGCGUUUGGAGGCGGCUUGUCCUGGAUCCGGCAAGGCGAUUGUGGAGGAGGCUCUUAUCAAGAGCAAAAGUAAGAAGAGUGGUGGCGCAGGAAAGGCGUCCGCAGCUGCUUGA